AUGCAUAAUAAUAUUGAGGCUUCCGUCCUGGUAGAUCAACUGUUACUUGUAACUUUAGUCUUCAUUCAUAUAUAUAUAUAUAUAUAUGAUUCUUUUCGCGAUAACUGCCAAGUAGAUGUAAUCUACACAGAUUUUUCCAAGGCUUUCGAUCGUGUUAAUCAUAAUCAUCUUAUGUCAACACUAGACUCUAUAGGCAUUGGCGAACCUCUACUAUCCUGGCUUCACUCUUACAUCACAAAUAGGAUACAAUGGGUUACUGUUGAUUCCACCUCUUCUGACCAUUUUACCCCCUCCUCAGGUGUACCACAAGGUGCUGUUCUUUCUCCUCUUCUAUUUGUCAUAUUCGUAAACUCAGCCACCUCCGUUCUCCAGCAUGCUAAACUUCUUAUAUUUUCUGAUGAUAUGAAAAUAUUUUUCCGUAUAAAAUCCAUCUCUGACUGUCAUCUUCUUCAAAACGACCUUCAGCGAUUAGUCACAUGGGGCGAAUCUUUGGGGCUAGCUCUUAAUAUUACUAAAUGCUCAGUAAUGACUUUUUGUCGUAUUAAUGCCGUAAUUAAGCAUACUUACUCCGUAAACAAUACCCCCUUAACAACUUGUAAUAAUGAUAUAAAAGAUUUAGGAUUCACUCUUACUCGGAACCUGUGCCCUAAUAUGCACAUUCAGUUAAUCUAUUGUAAGGCUCUUAAGCUGCUAGGUUUUAUAAACCGUAUCUCUACAGAUCAUCACUUGCUCACCCCACUAAAAACUCUUUUCUGUUCCUUAGUCCGUCUCAUCCUUGAAUAUGGUACCAUCCUCUGGGACCCGUCCACCGCUUCUGCACGUAGCAUGAUAGAAAGGGUUCAAAGAAAAUUCCUCCGUCACGCUGCUUUAAAACUAAACAUAUUCUGCCCACCUCACGAUUACACGCCAAUCCAACGCCUUUUUUCCUUAGAAAGUCUCGCCGAUCGUCGUCAUUCAGCAAACUUAACAUUUCUUUCUAAUCUUCUUUCCUCUAAAAUUGACAGUCCUGAAUCACUAUCCUGUGUCUCAUUUAAUGUCCCCUCCCGACGUACACGAUCAUCUGUUCCAUUUCAUAUUCCUUUCUCUUCCUCAAACUACUAUCUUAACUCUCCGAUCAUCCGUCUUAUGCGCAUUGCCAACACUUACCCUUCAUUCUCACUCUAA